AUCAGCUCCUCGAAGCCACUAUCAUCAAGGAUAUCUAUCCCAUCUGACUUGAACUCCAAGCCAACCCCCUAUCUUGAAUUACCAAUCCAUCUUCCAUCGUCCCGUCUGUGUGUCAAUGGCCCCUUCUGCUAUCACCAACUCUCCUCCUCAGCGGGCUGCUCAGCCUUCGACUACUGCCACUGCUUCUGCUCUCUCCCAGGCAGACGGCCUCGCUGUCCAGCCUCCUCCCAACUUCACCGGCUAUGACCACAUAACCUGGUGGGUUGGCAACGCCAAGCAGGCCGCCUCAUAUUACACCAACCUGUUCGGUUUCAAGACCAUCGCCUACAAGGGCCUCGAGACCGGCAGCCGGUACUUUGCCUCGUACGUCGUCGCCAACAACGAUGUCCGCUUCGUCUUCACCUCGCCCCUGCGCUCCGAAGCUCACUUCCCCGACGAUGAACCCAUCUCCAAGUCGGACCGGAAGCUCCUCAAGGAGAUGUACGCCCACCUCGAACGCCACGGCGAUGCUGUGAAGGAUGUUGCCUUUGAGGUUGACAAUGUCGAGGGCGUAUACUACAAGGCCGUCGAGGAGGGUGCUAUCGCCGUCCAGGACCCCUUGGUCACCAAGGAUAAGGAGCACGGUUCCGUCUCUACCGCCGUCAUCUGCACAUAUGGCGAUACCACUCACACUCUGAUCUCCCGCCAGAACUAUACCGGACCCUUCCUCCCCGGUUUCCGCGCAGUCAACAAGAAGACCGCCUCCGUUUCCAUGCCAGACGUCCCCCUGGCUCGCAUCGACCACUGCGUCGGCAACCAGUCCUGGAACGAGAUGGUCUCGGCCUGUGCCUUCUACGAGCAGUGUCUGUCCUUCCACCGCUUCUGGUCCGUUGACGACUCGCAAAUCUGCACCGAGUUCUCAGCCCUGAGCUCCAUCGUCAUGGCCUCUCCCAACAACGUUGUCAAGAUGCCCAUCAACGAGCCUGCCCCGGGCAAGAAGAAGUCCCAGAUCGAGGAGUACGUCAUCUUCAACUCGGGUCCUGGCGUCCAGCACAUCGCCCUCCUCACCCCGGACAUCAUCACCUCCGUGUCUGCCCUCCGCGCCCGCGGCGUCGAGUUCAUCGACGUUCCCUCUACAUAUUACACUGCCAUGCGCCAGCGCCUCAAGACCGAGCGCCGCAACUGGGAGCUCAAGGAGGAGUUUGAGACUCUCGAGCGCCUUAACAUCCUCAUCGACUACGACGAGGGCGGCUACCUCCUCCAGCUUUUCACCAAGCCCCUGAUGGACCGCCCCACCGUCUUCAUCGAGAUUAUCCAGCGCAACGACUUUGACGGCUUCGGCGCUGGCAACUUCAAGAGUCUGUUCGAGGCCAUUGAGCGUGAGCAGGCUGAGCGCGGCAACCUGUAGAUGGGAAGCCGUGUGAUUUUGUUUUCUGCAACAUACCACAACACACGCAAGCGCUGCGGUUAUGUGAACUAUCUGUUUUGUUCUAGUUGAAGGCAUCUUCCCAUAGCAUUAUGCGCGAGAGAGGAUGAUACAGACGAGCAAGUCCAAAAAAUGAGACGAGGUUACGAUUUCAUGGUCGUCUAUUAACGCCUAGUCUGGCUAUGCGAGCUGACCUGGGACUGAAAGGGCAUCGUGCCCCUAUGGUCCAAUAAAUAAAUAAAAUAAAAAUUGUUAC